AUGUUACAAAUUAACCGGAUCCGGCCUUUGUCUAAAUUUAAAUUAUUUAAUCGCUUUUUUCCAGUACCUGUGCAACAUUCCUACUGUCACACUCUGAAUCCAAAAAUGGGUAUGCCUCUAGUAGAAGUAGUGAAAAAACUGAAAGCCUACGCCCCGUUGGACUUGGCAGAGCACUGGGACAACGUGGGGCUGUUAAUAGAACCCUCAUCGGGGGCCACGGUCAGCACAAUCCUCGUAACCAUCGAUCUAACAGAAGAUGUGGUCGAUGAAGCCAUCGAAAACAAAGCCAGGCUUAUUAUCAGCUACCAUCCCAAUAUAUUCAAGCCUUUAAAAACCAUUAGCCAAGGGCAUUGGAAGGAGCGGAUAAUUUCGAAGUGCAUUAAAAACGAUAUUGCGGUAUUCAGUCCUCAUACGACUUGGGAUGCCAUGCAAAACGGGGUACACGAAUGGCUGGCCAACGCCUUUCAAUACUCAGAGAACAGGCCUAUAAUCGAAAAUAAAGAUUACGUUGGCAUAUACGGAGUAGGACGGUAUAUUACAUUAAACAACUCCAUCUCGUUGAAGAACGCUAUAGCUUUGAUUAAGGAUCACGUGGGGGUGCCUUAUGUACGAGUUGGUGUAGCCAAGCAUAGACAUUUAGAUUCUCCGAUAUCCACUGUGGCGAUUUGCGCUGGUUCCGGAGCUUCGGUUCUGAGUGGAAUACUGGCCGAUUUGUACUUAACGGGGGAAAUGCUGCACCACGAAGUGUUAGAGGCUACUCAAAACGGGAUUAACGUGAUACUGUGCAAUCACAGCGACUCGGAAAGGGGCUUCUUAAAGAAGUUCCAGGAAACGUUCAAGCACGAGGGGUUGAAUGUGAUUCUAUCGAAGAUCGAUAAAGACUGUUUGGAGACGAUGUAG